GCAAUCCUACCAGUAAUUGGUGCCGAUCCCCCUCUGAGCAAAGCUUCAGGCAAAGGUACAUGGAAACCUGGUGUGGGACUUGAUAAACGCAUUUCUCUUUCCGUUUCUUAGGGUCGCUUUCUGCUGGGUGACCGGGUGUUUGUCAAUGAAUGCGCUUUUGAUCUACAAGUACUUGGUGAUCCGCAUCCAGCAACGCAAUAUGAACAUUGACGGAAACAUGCUUGCGAAUAUGCACGAAUUUUACUGCGGGAUGGUGGAACAUGGAUAUUACCGAAAUCUGUCUGUCAACGGAUCAGACAUGGAUGUAGGGUACCAAACGAGAGAUGACCAGAUCAACUUCGGGUCAGGCAACCAGUACAUUGGGCUAUGAGUAUGACACAAACAGGUUGUGAGUCAGCACAGACUGUUAUCCUUAAAGUUGGGCCUUUUAAAAGUGCAGUUUCGAUUCCCC